UGCGCAGAUCUCCAAACAACCCGCUGCGUCGUUGCGCAGCAACCGAUCCAUCCAUGUAGUUUGAAGAUCUGCGGUGUGCGUACGGCUGCUAGUGGACCUGCUACUGCUCCGUGAGCUUAGCUUGCUGUAAACAACACUGAAGGAUGUGAGUUAGACGUUUUGUUUUUAAACCACUGUACUUUUUUUAUUCACUAUGGCUCAGCCGGCAGAGAAAGCGUAUUACCGCUUUGUGGUGCUGUUCUUCAACUGUAUGCUGACGUUUGGCUCCUACUUCUGCUUUGACAUCCCCAGUGUUUUGCAGGAUCAGUUCCAGGGGAACCUGACAUGUCCCAAUGCAACGUUGAUCAAUGGGACAGUGGACUGUGUGGAGGGGUUGGGGAUGACCCCUCAGGAGUACAAUCUUCUUUAUGCCAUCUAUGCUUGGACGAAUGCAGUGGUGGUGGUCCUGGCUGGUUUCAUGAUUGAUAAAUUGGGAAACCGCUUUGGAGUAUUUCUCUUUUCCUUUCUUUGUGUUUUGGGCUCAUCACUGUUUGCACUGGGCUCCCACUUCAAAGGAACUCCCUAUCUGCUGCCACUAAUGCUCACAGGCCGACUGCUAUUUGGGUCAGGCAAUGGAUCUCUGACCAUUGUUCAGAACCGCAUCACAGCCUUCUGGUUCAAAGGGAAGGAGCUGGCCUUGGCUUUCGGUCUGACCCUGGCUUUCUCUCGCCUGGGUUCAGUCCUGAACUUCUUCCUCACCCAGAGGUUUGAAGAAAAAUAUGGCAUGCAGUGGACACUCUGGGGUGGUGCACUAUUGUGUGUGCUGGGCUUUGUUUCCGCUAUUAUAGUCAGCACCCUUGACAAGAUCGGGAUGACGCAGCUGGGACUCGAUGGCGCCAUCCAAGAGGGGUCUCGCAAAGUGAGGGUUCAGGAUGUGAAGCUCCUGUCGCUAAGAUACUGGCUGCUGGUUCUCACCAUCAUGUUCUUCUACAACGGCAUCUUCCCGUUCAUCGCAGACGCCAGUAAGUUCAUUCAAGAUAAGUACGACGGCUACAGUCAGAAGGAAGCUGCCUACAUCGCCGGGGCGGUUUAUGACAGCUCACUGGUCCUCUCAGCCAGCGUGGGCAUUCUCAUAGACUAUGUAGGUCUGAGGGGCAUUUUCGCAGUGGCUUGUGCCGUCCUCACGCUGCCUGUGUUUGGACUGCUGGCCUUCACCUUUGUCCCUCCUCUCGUCUCCACCAUAUGGCUGGGAGUCACGUACUCCUUUGCUGCUGCGAGCAUGUGGCCGUCUAUUCCCCUCGUGGUUCCUCAGGCGACUCUGGGAACAGCCAUGGGUUUGGCCACCUCCGUGCAGAUGAUUGGGAUUGGGUUGUCCAAUCUGGUUGUUGGGCAGAUCUUGGGUACCAAAUCUAGUGAAACUAAAAUUCCGUUGUGGCGCUGGAAGAGGAUGAUGAUCUUCAUGUUGGCCAACACCAUCAGCUGCAUCGUCACCUCAGUGCUGCUCAACAUUGUCGACCACAGACAGGGCGGGACCCUGAACAAGACAACCAAGAGGUCAGAGCAGGCAGAGAGAGACUCCGACAGAGAGCCGCUCAACCCGGAAGAGGAAGAGCAAAAUGAGGAUGAGGAGGACGAGGCCGUCAGAUCUCGUUCUAUCAACUCCUAAAAUGUGUUUUCUCAAGUUUGAAACAUUUCUCUCUUUCUUCUCUUUUUAAUGUGCCUCUUUUGGUUCACCCGUACCUCUCUCAUAGUGUUUUUUAGAGGAAAAGUUCAAAUCCAAUCUACACUACUUUUUCAGCACCAAACAGCAGACAGACACUAGCCAAAGUUCCACAUAGUGGAGCGUUUAGCAGUUAAAUUUCCCUCAGGAGUCUAAAAAACAGAGUUAAAAGGAGAGUCAAUAUUAAUCAUGAAUGAUAAAGUUGCUCCAUAACUGCCGGAUGUGUAAAUACAUGUAAAUAAUCAACUGUUUGCUAACAAGUCUUUCAUAUCAACUUAAAAAGGGAUGUCAAUGUUGUGUUCACAACUUCGUCUGCCCCCAAGUGGCCAAAAAAGUACUACAAUAUCAGUGUUUUUUAAAAUGUUUUUAUUUGAAUUAAGCUCUACAACUGUAAGAAAGUAUUGAAUAAAAGGUCAAAUCAAAUAUGAAAAUCAAUACUUGAACUGUAAAUGUAAAGUACAGUCACUCUGCAAUAAAGGGCUGACCUGCA